UGCAGGAGUUACUCAUCAAACUAUAUCAGAAAGAGUGGUGCGAAGGACAGGUUACUGAGUACCUGGUUGCAACAUUUAGUGAUUAUUUCACAGAUGUGAAGAUGUACAUUGAAGAAAGAUCAUUUAGGAGAUUUGUUGAAGCUUGCCUGGAGGAAACUGUCAUUGUUUAUGUUGAUCAUCUUCUAACAGAGAGAAAUUACAUCAAGGAAGAAACCAUAGAACGGAUGAGGCAAGACGAAGAGGUUCUCAUGGACUUUUUUAGGGAAUAUAUAAGUGUUUCUAAAGUUGAAAACAGAGUUAGGAUACUGAGUGAUUUAAGAGAACUUGCUUCAGCAGAGAGCCUGGAUACCUUCACACUCAUUUACACAAAUAUUCUUGAACAUCAACCCGACUGCCCGCCUGAGGUUGUUGAGAAGCUUGUUGGACUACGGGAAGGCAUACCAAGGAAGGAUGCUAAGGAGGUAGUACAAGAGUGCAAAGAGAUUUACGAGAAUUCUCUAGUCGAUGGGAACCCUCCAAAGGCAAGUUUUGUUUUUACAAAAGUGAAGUGCUUAUCAGUCUCAAAGGGAUCUCUGUGGCGAAAGCUGACUUAGUAGUGCAAUUUCAAUACAUUUGUGUGGAUCAGAGAAACGAUGCUGUCAUUUGUAUAGACCUGUUAACCUUCUUUAAUUGGAAAAUUCCCAUUUGUAUUUAUUCAUUUUUAUUGAUAGUGAAUAGUCUCUUCGAGUUCUUGUGCAUACCAUUCCUCUCUCUCUCUGGAGCAAAUAAAUUAAAGUCGUUUAAACUUCGAAGUCACAGUAUGACAUAAAUCAGUUUGAAAUUUUAGGGUUUUUUUCACCCAAGAUUUCAACAAUUUGUAUAAAUAUAUUGAUUGAAAAACUUCAGAAUC